GACGCAGAGGUAAACCUUCCCGAACUCCAUAAAUUCCAACCUACCCAUUCACUCAAUCUGCAUUUCUUUCCAAAACAGAGCAAAAUACAUGGCAACCAUGUCUCCCACCUUGCUCCUCCUCCUCCUCCUCCCUCUCCUCAUUACUGCAGACAAAUGCAACAAGAAUGACAAACGCGCCCUCAUUUCCAUCAAAUCCGCCUUCAACAAUGCCUACCACUUCGCCUCCUGGACCUCCACCUCCGCUUGCUGCGAUUGGUACGGCGUGGAAUGCGACCCCGGUGUCCCCGGAAAUUCUGACGGAUCUCGCGUCACGGGCCUCUUCGUCAUCACUGAUUCCAAUGUCACUGGUCCCAUCCCCCCAGCCGUCGGCGACCUCCCUUUCCUCACCAGUCUACGAUUCCACAAACUCCCCAAGCUCACCGGUAAUAUCCCUUCCUCCAUCACCCGUCUCACCCACCUUUCUGUCCUUGAUCUCUCCUGGAACUCCCUCUCGGGUCCCAUCCCUUCCUUUCUCUCCCAAAUCCCUUCCCUCACAAUUAUCAACCUCUCCUUCAACCUUUUCUCCGGCUCAAUCCCACCUGAGCUUGCCAAGCUUCCUUCUAUACUCGGCUUCGACUUUUCGCGCAACCGUCUUAGCGGCUCAAUCCCCUCCGAAUUCGGCAAUUUCCCUAAAUCCUCUCCGCCGGAUCUGAUUCUCAACCACAAUAGUCUCUCUGGCAAUCUCCCGACCUCGCUCGGCGUGCCGGAAUGGGGUAGGCUCGAUUUGAGCAGAAACAACUUUACCGGCGACGCUUCGUUUUUGUUUGGUGCGGAAAAGUCGACGCAGACGAUUGAUUUGAGCCGGAAUGAGUUCGCCUUUGAUCUGAGUGGGGUUACCUUUCCGGUGAACUUGACGAGUUUAGAUCUGAAUCACAACAAGAUUACAGGGUCGAUACCGGCUCAGAUAAACCAGGUGGAGCCGAACUUCUUUGUGGUUUUUAAUGUGAGUUACAAUCGGUUAUGUGGUGAGAUUCCGGCUGGGCAGAUCACGUCGAAGUUUGGGGCUGAUGCAUAUUUUCAUAACAAGUGUCUCUGCGGUUCGCCGUUGCCUCCCUGCACUCAGGAAAUAGAAGUUUAAAUAGUACAAAUGAUAAAUUUUUUUUUUAA